AUGUGUCCCUGUACGGCCUCCUAUUGCUGCUGUCUCCAUCGCCACACUCUGCCAUGUGCCACUUUCAGGUCUCCUCACACUGCUGGUGGGUUCCAUUUUGUCAUAGGGUUGCUGUAUGGCCUCCCAUUGCUGCUGCCUCCACCGCCACACUGUGGCUCCAAACACUGGUUUUGGCCCCGUGACUGGCCAAAUGAGUGAAGUGUGCGGUGAUUCUAAGAUCGACGGCACUCAUCUGCAUGUCAUACUGACUGAUAGUAUUAUUUCUCUUCCCCAGCAGACUCCAAGGGCAUUUAAAUUAAAGGUACAGUGUUCUGCACUAAUAUUA